UCUGAAAACAAUUUCAUUUUUUUUAAUCUGUCACCGUUGCUCACUCCUUUCUUCAGGUAAAUCAAAUUCAUGCUCAAUUCAUCAAAAUUAGGGUUCCAUUUUCAUGUAAUUUGACCUCCAAAAUUAUGUCAACGGAGGAAAUCUCCUUAGUUCCCUCCCAAAAUGGCCUAAAUUCUCAGCUCGUCUUCCAAAAUGAUCCCUUGCGCUUCAACUGCGGGCCUCCCCAGCGCCGCGUCGGAGGGCAUCGGGGCCGCAUGACCACUACCCGAGAACUCACUGGCUUUAUCGAUGACAAGCUUUUCUCUUCCUCCAACUCCGCCGCCGCCAACAACCGUUACUUCCCCUCCCACCAGGGCGGUCCCCAAUUCCCGCGCAAUAUGUACCGGGAGAAUCGUAAUUGGAACGGGAACGGGACCCGCGGUGAUGAAUCAGACGGUGAGGAAUAUGACGAGGUCGAUGAUGAUGGCGUGGAUGGUGGUGAUGGUGACCAUGAUAAUGAAGUGGAGGCACUGGUUGGUGUUGAUAAUAGUACUAGUAACGAUAAUAACAAUAAUAAUAGCGGCAAAAGCAAUAACAACGAUGCAACCGCUACUACUGGUACCACUAGCAAUACUGGUAAUGUAGAUAAAAUGGGGAAUGGAAAUGGAAAGCCCAAGCACCAUCCUUCUUUUGUUGGGGCUACCGGAGAAAUUAUGGCGGUAAAAAGUGGAGGUGGGAGUGUAGGCCAAACGGGGAAUAAUACAGUGACAAUAGCAGAAUCUGAUGGGCAUAUGUAUUACACUCAGUAUUUGCAGGGAACAGAGGGGUCUGGUAGUGCGGGGAAGGAUAUGGGAGGUGAUGGUUGUGGUUUUAGUGGAAGAAAGGAAGGUUCGUCGUUUUCAUGCGAGUCUGGAGACUCCUUGAGCGCCAUUCUAUCGGACUCAGUCACGGGAGCUCUAAUGGAUGAUGCAAUGAUAUUACCAUGUGGACAUUCAUUUGGAGCUGGUGGACUGCAGCAUGUUAUCAGAAUGAAAGCUUGCCACACUUGUUCACAGUCAGUUUCUGAAGACUCGAUAGCUCCUAAUCUCUCUCUCCAAGCUGCAGUGCAGGCAUUCCGCCGGGAAGAGGAGUUACAAUAUUAUCACUCAUCCAAAAGGAGGAGAGAGAGGUUUGAGCAGGACAAAGGUGUUUAUGGUGAUUCACCUGCAAUGGAUACCCCAAGGGGACGAGGUGUGCAGUUCCCAUUUUCUGUGACAGACCGGGUUAUUAUAAAGGGAAACAAGAGGACACCUCAGCAGUUUGUUGGGCGUGAGGCGGUCGUGACAACACAAUGCUUAAAUGGAUGGUUUGAUACUUUCUUGCUCUAUCUUCAUUUUUUUAGCAGAUUUGAAGGUUUGCCAUAUUGUACAAUAAAAAUAGAAAUUGAUCUGAAUUGCUUUCUUAUGGUGAGCUUAUUCGCACUUACAUGUGUUAUUAAAUGUCUUGCUUCGUCGAUAGUUGUUUUUUCCUUUUUCUUUUCUUUGAUAACAUUUUUCGUUCCCUUGAGAGGAGGAUAUCUUUCCCCCCAACUUGCUCCUCCUUUUAAAAAGUCUCCUUUUGUAGAAAUAUAUGUAUAACAUGAAAUCUGCUUUUUAACACAGUAGACUCCUAGAAGGAUAAUGUAGUAAGCAAAGAUUAAUAAAUUGGACCUGUAUAAGUUGAAAUUAGAACUCUGUUGAUUAAGACUUCAGUUUUAUGUAGUGGCUGUUGUAGAGGUAAAAAAAUCUCAUCUGGAAACUCAGCUGGUUAUUCAUUAACUGAUGCAUAAGUCAUGUAUAGGUAUGUGGUGAAGACAUUGGAUAAUGCAGAGAGUGUAAAAUUGCAGUAUCGUUCUCUGGACAAAGUUUUGGAUGACCCAUCCACUAAGGCUAUGUCCGGCAAGAUGCCCCCAAAUCGGCUCUAGAGCUAAUGCUUAUACAAAAUGAGGCAGCUAUGUGUUACCAAAAUGCAGCAUUUCACACAAUCUAACUUAUAUUUUACAGCUUUCUUGCUUGUGCUCUUCUAUAUUGUUUUUCUCACAGGCAAAUAUGUUGAUAUGAAGGCCUUUUAAAUUAGUCAUUUUUGUUUCACAUAUCACUGCAGUUGUCUUUGUAUUUAACUAAUGUUUCUGUAAACAUGAUUGUAAUGUAACCAUUUCUGUUUAUAAUAUCAUGAGCAGUGGCUGCUUCAUGUUGGCUCUGCUUUACAGCGAGCCCUUUAGCUUGAA